AUGCAUCACCCAUUUCUUGCUCUUAAGCACUUUCUUGUUUCAACAGUCCCAUUACUUCCUUUCAAAAUGAAAAUGGGAUCUAAAAUUAGCUUUCUUUUUGUUAAGGUUGUUCUUGUUGUGCUAAGCAUAAACAUGGGGGCUAAUUGUAUAAAUGUCAGCAGCAGCAGCAAUAUUGCUAAUCUUCAAGAAUACACUCAGUUCCUUCUAGCCAAUGGUGUGGCUCGUACACCACCAAUGGGAUGGAAUAGUUGGAAUCAUUUUCAAUGCAAUAUAGAUGAGAAGACUAUUAAGACUACCGCUGAUGCUCUUGUUUCAACUGGUUUGGCGGCACUUGGAUACAAAUACGUUAACAUUGAUGAUUGUUGGGGAGAAGAGAGUAGAGACUCGAAGGGGAAUCUAAGGGCAAGAGCUUCUACAUUUCCUUCUGGUAUCAAGGCUCUGGCAGAUUAUGUACAUUCAAAAGGCUUAAAACUUGGCAUAUAUUCUGAUGCAGGUUACAGAACCUGCAGCAAGAAAAUGCCAGGUUCUCUAGGACAUGAAGAGCAAGAUGCAAAAACCUUCGCUGAAUGGGGGGUCGAUUACUUGAAGUACGAUAACUGCUACCAUGAUGGAUCCAGACCUCAAGAUAGGUAUGCUAGGAUGAGUUAUGCAUUGCGUAAGGUUGGGCGGCCGAUUCUUUACGCAUUAUGUGAAUGGGGACAAGAGAAUCCGGCAAAAUGGGCUGGUUUCUAUGGCAAUGCUUGGAGAACUACAGGGGAUAUUAAAGACACUUGGGAAAGUGUCAUGUCGAUUGCGGAUGAAAACAACAUUUGGGGUAGAUAUGCUGGGCCUGGGAGGUGGAAUGAUCCUGAUAUGUUAGAAGUAGGCAAUGGAGGGAUGAGCCUCGAGGAGUAUCGCUCUCAUUUUAGUAUUUGGGCUCUAAUGAAAGCUCCUCUACUCAUUGGCUGUGAUGUUCGAUCGGCAAGCAAGAAGACACUUAGAAUCCUUGGAAACAAGGAAGUUAUAGAUGUUAACCAGGAUCCAUUGGGACUUCAAGGCAGGAAAAUACGAGCAAAAGCGGGCCUUGAGAUUUGGGCAGGGUUGUUGUCAAGGAAGAAAGUUGCGGUAGUGCUGUGGAAUAGGAGUGGAUCUCGGGCUCCUAUAUCCGUGGGAUGGAGGGAAAUUGGACUCUCUCCAUAUAAUCCUGUCAUUAUCAGAGACUUGUGGGCGGUCAUUUUUCGUUAUUGUAUUGCAGCACUCAUUUGUUUCAAUGAGAAAACGUUAUGGACUGACUGCAUAUGUUGCUCCCCAUGCCUGCAAGAUGUAUAUCCUCACUCCGUCGUAGAGGAAGAUGGAAGCGACGCCCGCUCUGCAAGCCAGGAGCUUCUUAGAAUCCUUAUAAUCAUGAAGUUGAAAAUGUCAACCACGAUCCAUUUGGAGUUAUUACGAGGUAAGAAGAACAUAAGGUGUUCUUCUCAGACAGCGUGA